ACACUUUUUUUCGCCACAUUCUGUCGCCACGCUCUAAUUUCUGCAUUUUGCGAUCGAUAUGCAUGCAAUUUAGGCAAAACAUGUUUUUCGGGGUUGUCGACAUGUCGCAGUAUAGAGCAUGUGGUCAAUUACAGAUAAUUAGAUUAAUUUGAGCUUUAUAGCGCAAAUAAAUUCUCAGCAUUCUCAGCAUUCUCAGCAUUAUUGCGCUACUUAUGUAUCGUGCUUGGCCGCACUUUGUUUAAUUUGGAUCGACCAAAUUUUUCACGCAAAGCCUAACGAAUUCCAAAAUAUAACUUGCAUAUUAAAUUUGUUUGUAUGUAGAUGAGUUGCAUUGAAUAUAGUCCAAAUGUUAGGGAUGCAGCGAGUCCUAAAUUUUAAAACCGAGCCGAGUUCGAGUACUCGGGUAAAUUUUGGACAGAGUACUCGAACUCGAAUUCCAGUAAAAUCAAUUAUGCCGACGGUGUGGUCACGUUAAUUUCUUAAUAAGUAUUUAAAAUUUUCACGACACAGAAUUCUGGUGACAUGUCGUUACUCCUUAUUCCUUCCAACCUUUGGAGACCUUUUAGUAAGGCAGAUACAUGCCGUGACAAAGUUAAGCUUCUAAGGGAUGAACUUAAUCAAAUUAUUCCACUAACCGUGGCAUUUCCUUGGUCAGGAUGCGAGCUUGACAAAACCACGAGCACAACUUUGUGCAAAAACCAUAGGAUGUUUGCAUCUUCAAAAGAUCGCACGUGGUAUGUGAGCAUCGCAAACUGUAACAGUACAAAGGGGCUUGACAUAAAAUACAAAAUUUCUAUGAAAAACCACGGCGAUCUUGAGAAAGGAGCUUCUCAUGCUAGUCGACUUUAUACUCGGUCGUCAUUUGUAUUCCUUGGGUUUGUGUAUGCCUUCUUUGGGUUAUUGUGAAGAAAAAUGGUGUUGCAAAAUUUGAAUGAAAUAAACUGGUUGACAAAUUUAUGAACUGGACAAAUUUAAAAUUAUAAAAUUGUAUCGAUAUGCAUA